AAAGGGUAGAUAACCACUUGUCAGUCUGCAGUAAACCCAUGCCCGUUGCCAGGAACAAUCUCGGAAGCUAGAGAGUCAGCUAUGCCAUGGCUGCAGUGCUAGAUGAACAUAGUUAUUAGUUUUACACUUCUCAAAAUGAGCUUAUCAGUACUCUGGACAUUCGCUGAAGAAAGCAAGUGGUAGUUCUAGUGCCAUAUGCGUCAGCAAAACAAGGUCAGAUGAUAACUUGCAGAUCGAUGUCCCAGUCAGUUGAGCAUAAGAAUAUCUGCUGUAACUACCUUUGAGUUGCUACAGUGUUACUCCCUCCGUCCGAAAAUACUUGUCAUCAAAAUGGAUAAAAAGAGAUGUAUUUAGAACUAAAUAUGAUUGUGCUUUCAUCUAGAUACAUCCCCUUUUAUCCAUUUUGAUGACAAGUAUUUUCGGACGGAGGGAGUACCCAUGUGUGCAAUUUAUACAGAGUUGCUCCAGCCUUGCCAUCUUAGCAAGUAUAUGAUUGUGCUUUCACCUCCUCCAGUGCAAAAAACAUUUCUGUUAUAAAUUUAUGAUAGAAGAAAUGCACUGUGAGCAAAUCGGCAAUAACAUAAACGCAUAGCGAGCUAAACAUCCUUUUCAGGUGAUAUGCUCUUUUCAGACAGUUGUUCUUGCAAAGCUAGGGGCGCAAACGAGGGCAUGACUGCACACUUAAAUGCAUAACUGGCAAGCUUCUAUAAUUGCAAAGACCAGAACGAAUAUGUGAGUCCACCCACAGAGUUUGACCUCACAUUUUUAAGAAACAAACACAAGGUCCCUUUGUACAUCCAGUCAGGGUCUAAUGAUGUUAACCCAAAAGAAAAGAAAUUGUGUCCUGCUUAAUGAGCUGAUCUGUCCCUGUUUUUAACCUGUCCAGUUAGAGUUUACAUGGUCAAACAUGCAAGUCCAAUGGGAAGACCAUGGAAUUUCCUGCACCACUGAUGUUAACAUUUAAGUGUAAUCUCAUAUGUGUACGGUCAAAAGAUAGGUUCGUUUCAAAAAAACCAUCUAAGCAUACAUACCAAAACCAGAACAAGGGGUUUGUUCUGUUCAUAAACAUAUGUAAUCCAACUAAAAUAGUACCAGCAGCCAGCACAUUCAAACAAGAAAACCCAGCAGUCACACCUAAAAGAAAAAGUAAAUGUCUAUUAUAAUUUGCUGAGGAAGGGUAGUCCGACAUAGUCCAGAUGAUAACAACCACAACCCAACAUUUUCAAACUUCCUAAAUAUCUCUUCUUGACUCCUUCCAAGGUUCCCACUUCCCCAUUAGUUCCCUGUGGGAAAAGCACCGCAAAUAAAUGCUUCACUGGCUCUGCCUCUCCCAGGAGUUCUGAUUUGCAUUGUCCAAAGAUAACUCAUCCAUUGCUUUGCUUCCAUUAUCUCAGUUCCAUAGUUCGCUACAGCAAUGGAUCCCCUUCCCAUACACACAAUCAUCUGCCUUGUUUGUUGGUCAUUUGGUUUAUUGCCAUUUUAUGUAUCAUCCAGUAGCCGCCUUCUUCCCAACAAGCCGCUUUCCGCUGGUAGCACCAUCACCUCCGACGAUGGCACUUUUGCCCUGGGAUUUUUCUCCCUGUCCAGCUCCAGCACAAAAUAUUACUACGUCGGCAUAUGGUACAGGAACAUACCCGAAGACAACAUUGUGUGGGUUGCCAACCGUGCUAUGCCGAUAACUGAUCCUUCUUCUGCAACACUCGCCUUCACAAGCGGAUCCGAUCUCGCCUUGUCAGACACCAGUGGCCAGCUUCUCUGGACGACAAACAUCAGCGCUGCAAGGAAUUCAUCGUCAGAGGCAACUGGUGGAGAAGCCACGCUUGAUAACAAUGGGAAUUUUAUUCUUCGGUCAUCACAUGGCACCAUCUUAUGGCAAAGCUUCGAUUACCCGACCGACACUCUCCUUCCAGGUAUGAACCUCAGGAUCACCCACAAGACGCAUGCACUACAACAGCUCAUCUCUUGGAGAAACCCCCAAGACCCAUCCCCGGGCAACUUCUCAUAUGGUGCAGACCCUGAUGAGUUUCGGCAGCGUAUUACAUGGAAUGGCUCAGCACCAUACCGGCGAAGUCUGGUAUGGAAUAACAAUUUGGUAGUAGGGAAGUAUGUUGAGAGUAUCAAGUCCACAAUUUACUAUACACUGCAAACUAUUGGUGAUGAGAUCUACGCUUCCUUUGGACUACCAGUACCUAGUGUCUCACUAGUGCUAAUGAAGAUUGACUACUCAGGCAAGAUAAAGACACAAAUCUGGAAUAGCAACAGCUCCAAAUGGACUGACCAGUAUUCAGGACCUAACCAGGAAUGCAACAAAUUUGGUUACUGUGGUCCAUUUGGUUACUGUGACAACACACAGCCUAUUGUGACAUGCAAGUGUCUUGAUGGCUUUGAGCCAAACAACAAACAAGACUGGACGACCCGCAGGUUUUCACAGGGAUGCCACCGGAUGGAAGCACUAAGAUGUGGUCAAGGGGAUGGCUUCUUAAAUAUGUCAACCAUGAAGAUUCCCGACCAGUUCUUGUAUGUCAAGAAUAAAAGCUUAGAUGAAUGCAUAGCAGAAUGCACAAGCAACUGCUCGUGUACGGCGUAUACUUACACCACUAUGAGAACUAAUGCUAUCGAUGAGGAUGAUACUAGGUGCCUAUUAUGGAUAGGAGAUUUGAUUGACACGGAGAAGUUCAUUGGACAAGGGGAAAACCUCUAUAUCCGAGUUAGUGGAUUGAGUGGCAAACAAAGAAACAAGAAAAUUUGGAAGAAGCUGAUGUCAGGAACUUCAAGCACUUCUACUGAACUUCGUGAUGGAAACUUAAAGUAUCCUUUUAUUAACUUCAAAGAAAUUGUACUUGCAACAAACAAUUUCUCUAACUCCAACAUGCUUGGACAUGGAGGUUUUGGCAAUGUUUACAAGGCGACAUUAGAAGAUGGUACAGAAUUUGCUGUGAAAAGGCUUAGUAAGGGUUCUGGACAGGGGGAACUGGAGUUCAGAAAUGAAGUAAUACUCAUUGCGAAGUUGCAGCACAAAAACUUGGUUAGACUUCUCGGUUUCUGCAUCCACGGAGAUGAGAAACUAUUGAUAUAUGAAUACUUACCUAACAAAAGUCUGGACGCCAUGCUUUUUGAUGCCACAAGAAAAUCAAUGCUUGAUUGGCCAAUAAGAUUCGAGAUAACCAAAGGGGUAGCUAGAGGACUUCUUUAUCUUCAUCAAGAUUCAAGAUUGAAGAUAAUUCACAGGGAUCUCAAAGCAAGCAACAUAUUAUUAGAUGCCGAAAUGAGCCCUAAGAUAUCUGACUUUGGUAUGGCAAGGAUAUUUGGCGGCAAUCAGCAGCAAGAAAACACCAACCGCGUAGUUGGCACAUAUGGUUACAUGCCGCCUGAAUAUGUUUUGAAAGGAGUGUUUUCUGUCAAGUCUGACGUAUAUAGCUUUGGAGUUUUACUACUGGAGAUUGUGAGUGGCUCAAAGAUCAGCUCGGUGCACCUAAAAGCAGACUUCUCCAGCAUUAUAGCCUAUGCAUGGAGCUUAUGGAAGAAUGGGAACACAAAGGAUUUUGUUGACUCGUCAAUUGUGGACAGCUGUUCACUUAAUGAAACUAUACAGUGCGUCCAUAUCGGUCUCUUGUGUGUUCAAGGCAGCCCAAAUGCGCGGCCUCUCGUGUCGUCAAUCAUGUCCUUUCUGGAGAAUGGAGAUAUAUCACUUCCACCUCCAAAAGAGCCUAUGUAUUUUGCAGAAGAUAACCAUGGUGCUGAUGGAGCAGCAGAAAAUACUGUGAAUUCUAGAAAUAACAUGAGCAUUACAGCACUAGAGGGACGCUAGUGCCUAGCAGUGCCGUGUGUACUUUGUACAACUGUAUACUGGAUAAGAAACUGGUAUUUGUCUUGAAGAGCAAGAAGCUUUGUUUUAAUAUAAAUAAUGUAUCUCGACCCCAGGAGCCCACGGAAAAUGGGAGAGGUCUCAGUGUUCUCAUUAAAGACCCUUCUCAGCAAGAAUUUUGGAUGCAUAAAAGAAAGCAAGUUAACCAACCAAUUGAAAUUUUGUACACUUGCAGAAAAGGAUAGUUGAAUUGUAUAUUUUGACAUUUUGCAUCCAGUAUGUCUGUUAGUCAGAGCACCAUAGAGGUUCCUUUCAAGGGAUAAAAGACAACUGGUGAUUUGUGGAAAACUGAAAAACAUGCCAGUGGCUGGUUUCUUCUUCCAGGCAUUACCGCAAACACCUUCUACCCACAACUCUAAGCUCACUGCUCACGGGCAUCAUUCAUCUACGACAACCUCAACGCGAGAUUUCUUCCAUUAAUUCGCAUCAAAUAGGGUGCAAGAAACAACUAGAGAGUCGUAUG